GCGGUAGUGCUGAAAAAAAAUACGAUACAGGAACUAACUGCCACAAAAUGUAGGUUUUUAGUGCUGAUUCAUAGAUUCGAAACUUUGUAGGUAUAAGUAGGCAAUUUUUAUGCAAUCAUCUGUAAUCAGCAAUCAUUAGGUAAACAGCAUAAGUGAUGCAAAUCAAACAAGCUAAGCGGAAAACGCACUAGUGACAAAUCUGUAGUGAACAAAUGGCUUCCUAACACCACCCGCACAAAAUGAUCUAUGACCAAUCCUCUAUGUUCAAGCAAUACUUGGGUCAUGGGGAGGUGAAUCAAUAUUUGGCGGAUUUGGUGAAAAAUUAUGCAAAUAAGAUCGAAAUUUUCUCUCGUGCUAGUUCGUACGAGGGGCGCGAAAUUCAAACGGUUCGCAUCAGUACGGACGUCCAGCGGAAAAAGGUCAACCGAAACUGCAUUCUGUUAGAUGCUGGAAUUCACGCGCGCGAAUGGAUUACAAUAUCGGUGGCGAUGUACGUGAUCCACCAACUGGUCGAGCGAGAUGCAAUCAAUUCGCGGCUGCUGCGAAAUUUCGACUGGAUUGUUCUGCCUCUGCUGAAUCCCGAUGGAUACGAGUACAGCCGAGAACAUAACAAAAUGUGGCGGAAGACGAGACGACCCCUGGGAGUGAACCGAUGCGUCGGAGUGGACUGCAAUCGAAAUUUCAACGUUUCGUGGGGGAUUGGGAUAACGCGACUGUGCUCUCUGUUGUUCCGUGGCGAGCGUCCAUUCUCUGAGCAGGAAACGCGGAACGUGAGAGAUAUCUUCAAAAGGAUUAGACCUAAUUGCCAAUUUUACCUGUCGCUGCACUCGUACGCGAAGGCGAUCCUUUACCCACGUGCGUAUUCAAGGACUUUACCGCUCAAUUGGAAACACCAGCAUGAAGUAGCCCAGGCGGGAGCUAAUGCCAUCCUACGAGCAACCGGCCAAAAAUAUCGUUGUGGCAGUGCUUCGUCCUUUCUUUCCUUUGCCGUCGGAGGAUCCAGCAUCGAUUACGCACACGAUAUCGAAAAAAUCCCGUUUGCCUUGGUAAUGGAAAUCGCUAGCAAGGGUUUCCACCCACCGGAAACGAACAUCGGUCUCAUCUGCGACGAAACUUGGAUCGGAAUCCAAGCCAUGGUCAUGCAGGUUGCCAUCAGUCCGAAAGUUUCUUUCACGCGCAGUAGAACAACACUCUGA